UCUUUGUUCUUAAUGUAGGGUGAGGGGCUUCCUCUUGGUUUGGGCGGAGAACAGAUCAUUCUGGGCUAUCACUCAGUAUAAAAAAUGGCCGGUGUAAAGAAGAAGAAGCAGCAGGUUUUGAAGUUUGAUGACAUUAUUAUGCCUUCUCUAUCGUUGGGGUUGUCGAUUGUUGUCGAAUCCCCCAACGAGUUCAUCCAGCUGAGUUCUUCGGGAAGUCCAGUGUCGUCGUUUUCAAAUUCAUCGGGGUAUAAGAGGGAGAGAGACGGCUGCGGCGGUGAGGAGGCGGAGGAAGACGAAGAUGGAAGUCCGAGGAAGAAACUUAGAUUCACUAAAGAACAAUCCGCCAAUUUAGAAGAAAGCUUCAAAGAACACUCAACUUUCAGUCCUAAGCAAAAGCAGGAAUUGGCAAGAAAUUUAAAGCUAAGGGCAAGACAAGUGGAAGUAUGGUUUCAAAAUAGAAGAGCCAGAACCAAGCUGAAGCAAACAGAAAUGGACUGUGAAUUAAUGAAGAAAUGCUGUGAAAAGCUGAAAGAAGAGACCACAAGGCUUCAAAAGGAGCUUCAAGAGCUCAAAUCACUCAAAUUAACAGCUCCGCCGUUCGCCACCCUCACCGUUUGCCCUUCCUGUUAGAGGUCCAUUUGCGGCGGCGGCGGCGGCGGUUGCGAUGCAUCUCAGGCCACCACCUCCUCGAUUAGCCCAAAGCUUGACUUUCUUAAAUUCCCGUUUAACCACCCGUCGGCGGCUUGUUAGGCAACCUAAUUUUAAUUAUAUCAUUAAUUAAAAAGCCCAUGUACUUGUAUGAGGGGGUGAGGAGGUGGGCCGAGGAUGGGCAUAAUUAUCCAUUUAUUUUCGUGGAGAUAGAAAAUAAAAUUUUAUACAGAGAAUUCGCAUUUCUUCGUGACAAGCCUUAAGGAAAACUUAGAUAAGGUUUGUCUUUGCCAACCAAACAAAAUUUAUACGAAAUUCAAGCUUGUUCACACACACAU